UAAAAAAAUUACUACAUUUUGAUAAUGAACGAAACAGAAACGUUUAAAUUUAUUGAAGUCGUCCAAGGACACGAAGAACUAUGGAAUAUUAGUUCCUAUACAUAUAAAGAUAUUAUUAACCGGAAGUUAAUAUGGGACGAUAUUAUAAAGAAAUUUUCUACAAGCGGUGAAAAAGCUAAAAACUAUUUUAUACCAAGUCCAUCACCACAAUGUUCAUCGACGCACUUUAGAAACAAAAAAUCGAAAACUGUUGAGGAAAUUUUUGAAAAUGAAAGUAAUAAAUUAUUGUCUUGUUUGGAAUCGUCGGAAUCUAUGGUGCCUAUAUUCCAAAAAUAUAAUUCAGCUGUAGUGGAGUUUAUUGUCGAAACUCUCGUUAAAUUAAAUAAAGAAGAAGCUGAUGCUUGUGAAAAAGAACUUAUGAAAGUGGCAACAAAAUUUAGAUACAAUUAUUAAACAGUUUGCAAAUAUUCAUUUUUGAGUUUAGAUUAUUUUCUUUUAGUCCAUAUUACUCAAAUUUCUUUUUCGAAAUCUAUGUACAUAUAUUAUAAACACCUUCUACAAUCGACAUAUCAUAAUUAGAAAACAUUCUUUAAAACAAGUUCUUUAUUAAUUUAAAUGUCCGGGGAAACAAGUAAUCUUUGAGAUUAUCUCUUAAAUAUUGAACUUCAUGACUUGAAUUAUGCGAUCCUUGACUUUGCGAAAUAUUUUCCCA